AUCAAAACAAUAUUCAACCUCAAACGGCACCCUUCCUCACCACCUCCAUACCGCACCUUACCUCCCUUAGACCAUUCUAGGCAGUCAACCCGUGCUGCUGCCUGAAAGGAUCCCAGAUCCACCGUGCGACCCCUUGAACCUAUAUUCUACCGCUUCACCUGCAACUUCAGUCAUGGCAUCCUCCGGUGUUUCUGUUGCACCCGAGUGCAUCCAGGCCUUCAACGAGCUGAAGUUGGGCAAGAGCACAAAGUGGAUCAUCUUCAAGAUCUCCGACGACUGGAAGGAGAUCGUGGUUGAGGAGACCAGCACCGAUCCAGACUACAGCAAGUUCCGCGAGAAGCUGGUCAAUGCACAGAGCAAGAGCAAGCGCGGCGAGAGCGCGCCGCUGGGCGUUGGUGGCCGAUAUGCUGUCUUCGACGUGGAGUACGACGCAGCAGAAGGCGAGGGCAAGCGCAGCAAGAUCACCUUCAUCUCAUGGGUGCCAGAUGAUGCGCCACAAUACCCACGCAUGAUGUACUCUUCCUCCAAGGAUGCACUCAAGCGCGCACUGAACGGUCUUGCUGCGGACAUCCAAGCCAAUGAUGCAGACGACAUCGAGCACGACAGCGUUGUAUCAAGAGUCUCCAAGGGGCGCUAAGGAAUUUUAGAGUCUGACCAAGAACUGGAAGCACGGCGAUGAAGAAGGAGAAUUUGAGCAGGCACUGGGGCAUGAUGAGCGUUCUCGGACUAGCAAGUUGUCGCAUCUCGAUGAUGCUUGGGACCCUUCACAGUUUUUCAGGCCGAUGCAACGAGUUCCUCAGGGCUACAGCGUAGAUGAGCACCACGAAGAUCGAGUAGUUCGAAGCCUGACUAAAAGCAACUUUCCGAGUGGUGACUGUAUUCUGUCAUACCGCGUUGAGCACUGCCAGAUGGCACACUUACUGGGAAUAGACUUUCCACACACUUGUGCACUGAAUUAACGAGGCCAACUAGGAAGAUAUAUACGUAGCUCGCAACUGGCACG